AUGCCCUCUGUGGUGGACAAAGCAAGUCAAUUCUCCUUGCAACACAAACGCUACGCCUUCGCAAACCGAUACCUUGCAGGAAAGAAACGUUUCACAAAACUCUGCCAUCAAUUCAACUUCUCCUCCUUGAUUCAACACCGUCGUCUGGUUUACCAGCGAUCGGAUAUGCCUCAGCAAGAUUCGGAAGAACAAGUCUUUGUAGCUAGAAACAAGAGGUCUUCCGCAUCACCCGAACACACUCAAAGUCACCACUCUCAACAAAAUCCUUCAAGUGGUGGAUCAACUAAGCCCCGGGCCAGCAACGACCAGGAGAGCGGUCAGGGCCGUCGAGGUUCGCCUGGCGCUCAGCGCGGUCAAGACAAUUCACCCACUGCAAGAAUCCGUCGCGAGGCCAUAGAAAAGUGUGAAAAGCUUCUCAACGUGCCCUUUCCUCACAGCGUUGAAGUGCAAGCCGCCGAUCACAGUCAAUCCGACGUCGAGCCCACGAACCCGUCGGCGGCCUACCUGGACUACUGCAUCAACAAAGAACUGAGACGGCGUAAACAGAAUAUCGUUGAUAAUUUGAUGGCUGCAAUCUCGGAAUGUGUUGAAAGAAGACUGGAAGCACUCGAGGAAGAGUGUGAGCAUACUUCCGGAUCACAUAGUUCGCGUCCUUUUCAGUCAGGAAAACACAUACCCCAGUCAGCCGGUCAAAAGAGAUCCAAAGGUCAGAGUGGCAGAGACGAAAGUGAGAAUGAGGACGAAGGAGACGACAAGUUCCGUAGAAAGAAGGAUAACAAGAGGACAAAAACCACAAAGGACGACUCUCGCCCUCGGUUUGCUUGUCCUUACCAUCAAAGAGACCCUAAGAGAUUCGGAACUGAGAGAACAUGCUGUGGCCCGGGGUGGCUUGAAAUCGGCCGAGUAAAGGAACAUCUCGAGCGAAGACAUAGUCUGUCUCCGCAUCAAUGCAAUCGAUGCCUUCGCAGGUUUGACGAUGAGAAAGAUCUAAAGGAGCAUCAACGGAUGACGACACCGUGCCCAGUGAAAGAGACAAGCAGCCUGAAGCGAAAUCUUCUGGAUGGCUACGACGAGGACCAAGCAAAGAAACUGAAAACGAGAGUGAGGAUGAACCCCGUUGAGAAGUGGAGGGAGUGGUAUUGUGCUCUAUUUGAUGUCAAGCCUGAUUCUCCUGACAUUCCUUCACCUUAUUAUGAUCCUUCACUCUCAACCACUCGGGCGUCAGCCGUCAAGGUCGAAAACCCUGAGGAAUGGCGUGACUACUGGAUCAAGGCAAAGCCAGCAAUUGAACACCAAGUCGCCAUGGUAGUAGAAGAUGCAUUCAACGACUGGGAACCCCAAAUGAAGGUGACUGUCAUGGAACGUCUGCAAGAGCUGCCACGCAUAAUUGCAGAUAAGCUUCCUUUCCCAGGACUCAGCCCAGAGGAGACGUCCACAGCAGCUGACGAUUUUGGGCUUUACUCCUGCUUGGACUGUUAUUCAUUUGCCCCAGAAGACUUGGGAGAGGAACCUUUCGACUUUCAAGCCAUAGACGACGGGGCUAUGCUGAAUAACUCGGCAACGUUUGAUAUGAAUGAGUCCACGGACUCCUCAGACGCAUAUCAAGCCAGUGACAGCUCGGCCACGUCUCUGGGAGACGAUGCAGCAUACCAACAAUUCGACUACAAAGCAGCAAUGAUGCCAAAUAGCAUUGAUCUUAGUCUUCCAAGUAAUGGCGGAAUCGUGCACGUCCGCAGUUCGAACCUCUCACUCGCUAUCUCGCCAACCCUGUCAAUUCUUACACUGAUUCUCCCGAUUCUGGGGUUUCUUAACACAGCUUUCUAUCCUAGUAUCAGCCGUACUACCAAGUCGUCUUCUAGCGGCAUAGCCAAGCUAGCUCCUUUGAUUGUCCAGGUUCUUCAAGCUCUUAUCACCACCAUCCUGGCAACAUUACUUCUAGAGCGCGUAGUGCCAUCAGAAAUGACGGGAUGCAUGCUCGAUAAAAAGUGGAUGGAUAUGUUUCGUGCUCAUGAUGCAAGCAGCAUAAGACGUAUUCAGGAUGCGUUUGACUGCUGCGGGUUGAACUCAAUCCGAGACCGAGCUUAUCCUUUUCCAAAUACAGCGCCCAGCAGCUGUGCCGAAACAUAUGGAAGAACAAGUCCCUGCCGUGAACCUUGGUCAGGAGCCUUGCAGACACUAUCAUUGUUGGACUUCUCUGUCGUCCUCGGUGUUGGGCUGAUCCAGAUACUAGGACUCCUCCUAGCCAAAAAGGAUUCCAGCUGGUUGGGUAACUGGCGAUACCAUGACCAUGGACAAUCAGAACAGCAUCGCGAUGGCCGCCGCCCUUUACUGAUCGACAGGGAGAGAGACGUAAUCGAGGAGGAAGAGACUACCUCUGAGCGUCCAGAGAGGCCAUCACCGGGUUACGGGAGUGUACAAGAGAAUGAAUCGGGUCCUAGAGUCGUGCCAUCGGCCGUGAUCGAACGGAACAACUGGAGCGAGGAUUAA